UGACUUCAGAUUCAAAGCAGUCAAAACAACYGCCUURAUAAUGCUUCGUGGUUUAGUUAAAAUCUCCACAAUAUCUCACAUAGCCGGGUUGGCAUGUUUUGGYUUCUGUUUGGUUCGCUUGAGUAUUCUUUAUAAAAACUGCUUAAAUAAGAGCAGUACAGCGUUUGAAUUAGAAGAAAGUACUUUCGUGGAAAAGAGAGCAGAUCGGGAAGUCAAGCUUAUCUUACUUUACACGCGAUUUUUUGGCGCCCACUGGAAUGACUAUUCACCUGGAACUCAGAGAACGCCUUUGCUUCCGGGAAGAUCAAUUUUUGAUCAUUGUGAGUUCAACCGCUGUGAAAUCACGUAUAGUAAAGAUUUACUCCCCUUAGCUGAUGCCGUAGGGUUUCACGGACCAGACAUCACAACAUUACCAAACAGAACUAACACUCGACAAAUAUGGUUUUAUUUCACAAUGGAAAAUCCUAAGAAUUACAACGUUUCUCAGUCAUUGAAUGGGAUGUUCAAUUGGACAAUGACGUACCGACGCACAUCUGAGAUUUAUUCACCAUAUGGUCACUAUCUUGCAAGAGGUAAAGAUAAAGACAGUGGCGAGAUUGAUUUGGGGUACAAGGACAUGCUUGUAGCGUGGAUGGUUAGUAACUGUAGAUGUAAAGAAAGAAAUAAUUAUGUUUUUGAGCUGAAUAGGCACAUCCAAGUAGACGUAUAUGGAUAUUGYGGCUUCUAUACCUGUCCCCUCCCCCGACGGUCGACUCCAUGUAGACUCUUGCUACAAAGAUAUAAAUUUUAUUUGGCAUUUGAAAACGGCGACUGUGACGAAUACAUAACCGAGAAAUACUGGGAAAACGCUAUUGAAAAUGACGUCGUUCCAAUCGUCAUGGGCGGAGGAGACGACAUAAAAUCACUCAUCCCAAACUCAUACAUCAAUGUCAAAGAUUUUGAAUCACCGAAAGAGCUCGCCGAGUACUUAAAACACUUGAAUCAAAACGACAUUGAGUACUUAAAAUACUUCAAAUGGAAGCGACUUUAUAAACUCGUUCCACCGAAAAGAGUUUGUGCAAUGUGCRCCGCCUUGUACAAUAAGACUUUGUAUGACCCCCCGAGGGUUAUAAGGGACAUGAAAGAGAGGUGGACUGGUAAAGAUUGUCGACCGUUAAAUCUCUUUAACUCUAAUGACACAUCUUUCAAGAACAAAUUGGCCGAGAAGAUGUCAGUGUUAUAAUAUUUUGUUUGUUUGUUUCGUGAUUUUUUCAGGGUUUUUUUUCAAUCACAGAAGUUUAUCUAUAUGACUAUAUUAUAUAUAUAUUUUUUAUUAUUUUGCCUCUUUUCUUGCUAAAGCAAAUUGAAAAUCAUUCAAAUUAAACACUAUUCAAGCAGCGUAGUUUUAUGACAAGAGUGAAGGUUAAAUAGAGGAUAUACAGGGGCUAUAUAAUACAUAUGGAGAUCAGUACGCCUGUGAUUUUAUCUUUAGGUGUUCCAUAUUGAUGGCUAACGAGCGAAGCGAAGCGGAGCAAUUGAACACAAGAAAAAAUUCGUAUCUCCAAGYGCGCAUGUAAUGUUCUGUUUAUUAUAUAAUUAAACUCAAAUUUAUAUCUGUAGGCAAGAAAUAGGACAAUUUUUUUAGGCAGUGUACAUGGUGUUAGAUUCGCUAUAUAGAGAU